AUGAUUAGAGAUUACACUUUGAAAGAAAUGACUGCAAUUACCAAAAUAGACGAAGAAGAUCCUAAAAUAAUCGCAUACUUAAGAGUAAAAACGUUCAUUCCUCUAGACGAGUUAGCCGAACAUAAUAUCCAUCCCUUUGAAACUGAUGAUGUAGUAUACCUAAAAGGAAACAGCCCUGAAACCAACGGCAGAAUGAGCCACACUUCAAGAUCAACCAAUACCAGAAAGCCCAAAAAAGGUCGACAAACCUUGUCUCAAAUAGAGACCACAUCAACAGAUCUGACUACAGACCUCACAGCUGCGUUAAACGCAAACCUGCUUCCCCCUAAUUUCCCAACAAGCUCAUCCGAAAGCAAUAAUAACACACUUUCAGAAGUUUAA